CGAUAUGUCUAGGCUUAAAAAUAAGCUGAGUCACACAAUAUUAACGUGGUCUCUGAAUCAAAAGUAAUAAGAUAAUAAUACAUAACAUUAUGUAUUUUGUAUGCAUAAUAGACUUAACUCCCAAAGCCAACAGGAGCGACAGGAAUGAAAUCAUGCUAUUGGGGAAUACUCAGAGGUUUUUUUGUCCAAACCUUGGACAAGACAAACAAACCGGUCAAAAGGCAGGUUAAUGCCAAAGUCCAACAUAACAAACGGAAAGAGAAUACUGCAAAAAUGCCUGCAGCAACAGGGGUUGAGCUGGAGCCACCUCCCCCAGGACUGGAGCCCCAGCACCGGACUCUCUUCACCGGGGACGCCCUGACCUUCCUGGCUGAGCUGACCUCUGCUUUCCAGUGUGAAGUCGACACUAUCUUAAAACUCAGAACCCUCCGCAAAGCCCAGUUGGACCUGACUGGAGAUCUCCCUGGGUUCAGUGCAGCCACAGCCCACAUCCGGGACGACCCAAACUGGAGGGUCAGCCCGGUUCCAGCCAGACUGCAGUGCAGGCAUGUGGACAUCGGUGACCUCGCACCCUGUGACACGGACCGCUUCCUCCAGGCUCUGCGGUCCCCUGCCCAGGGUAUACAGGUCGAUUUUGAUGAUGGCAAUUGUCCAACGUACUACAAUCAAAUUAAGGGGAUUUACAACGUAUACCAGGCUGUGCACAACCAGUUUAACAUCUCAGAUGCCCCAGCCAUAUCCCACGCCCCAAUUCUGAUGCUCCGACCUCGAGCUUGGAACAUGGUGGACCAUUCCAUGAUGGUAAAUGGUAAGGAGGUUCCUGGCCCACUGUUUGACUUUGGUCUGCUGAUGUUCCAUAAUGGGAGCCUGCUGUUUCAGAAUCAGAGCGGUCCGUUUUUCUACCUAUCCAAAGUCGAGAGCUAUUUGGAAGCAAGGCUAUGGAAUAAAAUAUUCACCUGGACUGAACAUAAGCUUGGCCUCCCCGUGGGCAGUAUAAAAGCCACUGUGCUAAUAGAGAGUGUGCUGGCCUCCUUUGAGAUGGAGGAGAUCCUGUACGAGCUCAAGGAGCACUCCGCCGGCCUCAACUGCGGCAUCUGGGACUACUCCGCCUCCUUUGUCAACAAGUUUGGUCAACGGCCUGAAUUUCUGCUCCCUGACCGCAGCAAGUACGUGAACAUGGAGAAGCGCUUCCUGCGGAGCUACAUGGACCUGCUGGUCCAGACCUGCCAUCGGCGAGGGGCCCUGGCCACCGGCGGCAUGGCCGCCCUGCUGCUGCCCCCCGACAACAACAGCGCCCUCUACAGCACAGUCCUCCACACUGUCACCAGGCUGAAGUUACUUGAAAUAAAAGCUGGAGUUGAUGGGUUCAUGGUGUAUGACAUGGACUUGAUUAAACCAAUGCAAAAGCUGUUCCAGGCUCAUACUAAAGGAGAGAAUCAGUUGAAUGAGCUGCGAAGUGACCUCAAGGUGACCCCAGAAGAUCUCCUAAUCAUGCCAGCGGGGGGAGUGACUCUGUUUGGACUCAAGCACAACAUUGCAGUAGGAAUCCUAUUCAUUGAGGCCUGGCUGACUGGUCGAGGACACUUCUUUUACAAAGGCCAGGUGGAGGACUCGGCCACAGCCGAGAUCUCCAGAUCCCAGGUGUGGCAAUGGAUCCGCCACCAGGUGAAACUAGAGGAUGAUGGGACCAUGGUGACACGUGCACUGGUGCAACAUCUCGUCCGAGAGAUAAUGGGUCAAUUAAAGGAGGCCAUUCACUGCAGGACAGUAAGGGAUGAGCAACGGCUGAACACGGCAGUUGCCAUGUUUCUGGAGGUGAUCCAGAAAAGCGAUUUCCCAGAGUUCCUCACCACAUACCUGAACCUGGACCACACCUUCCUCUCCUCCCAGAGCCUGCACGUGGACGCAGGUGGGGCCCUGCAGUCCAAACUGUAGUUGCUGGACAGUAGCCAAGACAGUUUUACGCCUGGUGAUUCAGAAUGUAAUGCCUUCUUCCACAGCUCACUUGGAUGAAUAAACUUCAAGUGACAGCAGA